CUGUACUGUACUUGGGACCAAAAGACCCCAAAGAAAACAAAGCAACACCAACUGCCCUCCUGGUUCAAAGCUUGAUUAGUACACACUCACACCCACACAGGAGAAGAGAGAGAUGGAGAGAGAGGCAAGAGGAGGGUCAAGACAGAAUAGAAACUGAUCUCUUCAAGAAAACCCCCACCACCACCUGCUGCUGGCCUGGCUGGCCUCCUCUCCUCCCACUGUGAUCCCCCCCACCACCAUUAACUUGCCUGCAUUUGUGGUUUCUUGAUUCUCUUUGGUUCGUUUUGGAGUAGUUGGAUUAGUUGGUGGCCGAAAGAGGGCCAUGAAUUGGUGAGUGACCCUGCUUCUGCUUCGGUUCUUGGAAGAGAGAGAGAGAGAGGGGGGGAGAGUUCUUGGAGGCCACGCAUGGUUUGAGCUCUGGACUGGAGUGGCGGUCUGGGGCUUCAGCGGUUUGCGCUUGGUUUAGGCGGCGGCGGCGUCGUUUGAGGCUCGGAGAGAUUAUCUGUUCAGGAUGGCGUCAUCCCUGAAGCUGGGAUCGAAGCCUGAUGCUUUCAGAAGGCAAGGGCAGGCAUGGUUCUGUACAACUGGACUUCCCAGCGAUAUUACUGUUGAGGUUGGAGACAUGUCUUUCCACCUUCAUAAGUUCCCUUUACUUUCAAAAAGUGCCUUUCUUGAAAGGUUGAUAGAGGAGACUUCAGACCAGGAAGAAUGUGUCAUCAGACUAAAUGACAUACCUGGGGGUGCCAAGUCAUUUGAGCUAGUCGCAAGGUUUUGCUAUGGAGUAAAAAUAGAACUCUCAUCUGAAAAUGUUGUUUACCUACGUUGUGCCUCUGAACAUCUCCAAAUGACUGAAGAAAUAACUGAGGACAACUUGAUUGCGCAGUCAGAGAUUUUCCUUAACCAAGUUGUCAUUCGUAGCUGGAAAGAUUCUCUGAAAGCAUUGGAAACAUGUGAAGAUCUUCUCCCUAAUGCUGAAGACCUGCAAAUUGUGAAGAGAUGCAUUGAGUCAUUAGCAUCGAAGGCUACUACUGAUCCAAACCUCUUUGGCUGGCCAAUAAGGGAGCAUAGCCUCAUGCAAAGCCCUGGUGGCAGUGUACUGUGGAAUGGGAUCAGCACAGGUGCCAGGCCCAGAAACUUCAGUUCAAACUGGUGGUAUGAGGAUGCGUCAUCUUUGAGUUUCCCCAUGUACAAGAGGUUAAUUUCUACCAUGGAGUCUCGUGGCAUCCGACCUGAGAUUAUUGCAGGAUCUUUGACAUACUAUGCUAAAAAAUAUAUCCCAGGACUAAAUAGGCGUCAUAGCAUGGGAGCAGUGUCUCUGACUGCUACUCUGUCUGAGGUAGAACAGAAGAACUUACUUGAGGAGAUUGAUAGACUAUUGCCUAUUCAGAAGGGUUUAGCAUCUACAAGAGUUUUGCUUGGGCUACUUCGCACAGCCAUGAUUCUCAAAGUCAGCUCCACUUGCAUUUCAAACUUAGAGAAACGAAUUGGCAUGCAACUGGACCAUGCCACUCUGGAGGAUCUACUGUUGCCAAAUUUCUCCUACACAAUGGAAACUCUGUAUAAUGUCGAGUGCGUGCAAAGGAUUCUUGAUCAUUUUUUGGCAAUGGACCAGGCCAAUGGUGCCACCUCCCCAUGUUUGGAUGAUGUCAUGGCUUCCCCUUCUUUGGCACCAAUCACUACUGUUGCUAAGUUAAUCGAUGGCUAUCUUGCAGAGAUUGCGCCAGAUAUCAAUUUGAAACUUCCAAAAUUUCAAGCUCUGGCAUCUGCUGUGCCUGAGUAUGCCCGCCCGUUAGAUGAUGGGCUUUAUCGUGCCAUUGAUAUAUAUUUGAAGGCACAUUCCUGGCUAUCAGAAGCUGAACGGGAGCAGCUCUGCCGGUUAAUGGACUGUCAGAAACUCUCCCUGGAAGCAUGCACCCAUGCUGCACAGAACGAGAGGCUUCCGCUGCGCGUCGUCGUGCAAGUCCUCUUCUUUGAACAGCUCCAGCUACGAACCUCAAUUGCCGGGUGCCUGCUUGUCUCCGACAACCUCGAGGGAUCUAGGCCACUGCGAAGCGGCAUCGCGACGUCAGGCGAGGCUGGGGGAUGGGCCACGGCUGUAAGGGAGAACCAGGUCCUGAAGGUUGGCAUGGACAACAUGAGGAUGCGCCUGUCUGAGCUCGAGAAGGAGUGCUCAAACAUGAGGCAGGAGAUCCAGAAGCUGGGGCGUGGCAAGACCGGGUGGAUCGCUUCGCGUGUCCCCAAGAAAUUCAACCUGAAGUUGAAAUCCCAGAUGUGCAGCGCCCAGGAGGGCUCAGUCAGCGAGCAGCAGAAGAGCAUGAGCGCGAAGCUGGACAAGCUGCAAGCAAAGGUAUCAAAGCAAAAGAAGCAGCUUUCAGGAAAUGCCUGAAACCUGAACCUCGCGGUUCACUUGUAAUUGUAGCUCGGUGUUAAAUUACCUUUUUAACUUCUUUCAUGUUCCUAGGUCUUUAGGUCAGGGCUCAUUCGGAAAGGUGGGAAUUUUACCGGAUUUUCACAGGAAUCAGUUGGAUUCAUGUGAAACUCCUCCAAAAUUCUCCGUUCUGAAUAAGCCCUGAAUGCAUGGGGUGUAGUGGUCUGUGACUGAGUUCCUUAUGGCGAAUAUUUGCGAUGUUUUGAGUGCUAGUGAGAGUGAAAAUGUGUAGCUAAGAAUGAGGAUCUGAUGUUCUCUUUUGACUGGAGUUUAGUACAACUGUA